AUGCCUCGAGGUCUUCCUUCUCCCCAUACCUUUCCGACAUGUCUAACAGACGUGGCAGGCAACUGUGCAAAUUCUUCAACACACCUAGGGGAUGUCGUUUUCAAGACUGCAGGUUUCUCCACGAACGAGCCGGAAGUCCGACGCCUUCGUCGUCGCCAUCAACUCCGUUGCAUUCUCCCAGACCAUCAGGCAGGUCUGGCGGAAUCACAGCUGGCGGGGGGAACUGCGAGUUCUUCUGGACUUCGGGAGAAUGUCGACGAGGAUUUGAUUCCGCAGACUCAGAAUGCCGCAGGGGUGCCUGUAGAAGCAACGUCUCCAGAAACUGACACCCUCGACUUCCUGACGACCGAAGGACUUGCUGGCAUUAACAACAUUUCUUUGGACAAGUUGCAUACGUUGAGCCCGACGGAGGCGCAUAACAUGCUCAGGGCAUUCAAUAGCCCGACAUUCCAGUUCACAGCCCCUGAUCAAGUCAUCAAGUUCGUCCAGAUUCUAGCCAGCGUUGAUCGCAGAAAUUCACAAUGGGAUACCAUUCGGGCCCAGUCAUUUCUUGAAAUGAUAGUCGAUUUGAAGCACCAUGUCCUCGCUCGCAUCCGCGAGGUCUUGCAAUACUCCCCUGUCGCUUGCCGUGCUGGUACAGGCUUUACGGUUCUUUCGUUUCAAAUCGGAUACUUCCCGCUUCUUCAGUUCUUUGGCUCAGACCUUGUCCUCAAAACCAAUCUCCACCAUAAUAUCCAGUAUGCCGUCUCAAAUAUAUAUACGCUCCCUGUCGAGCUGACGUCCUUUAGCGCCUUGUACAGCGCCUUGGAUAGUGGUCUCGAUCAUAUGUUCGACGUCGUUUCGUCUUGCAUGGAGCAAAUGAUCCAGAAUCGAUCUUGGAAGGAUCCUACACCAGCCCUCCCUGCCAUGCGGCAAAGCAGCCUUUCGGGUGUGGUUGUUUUCGGCACGAUCACCACCCUGCUUACUCAAUAUUUUCAACGUUUCAAACAUGCCAUUAACAAUCAUCCAAAUAUUGUCGUAUUCAUUGGCAACCUUGUUCGGUGGUACGAUGAAUGGGCAAGAUUGAUCGCGACAUCUAGCUUUGAUGAUUCUAUUGACCCAACCGUUCAGCGGUUGACUUUAGAACAGAUCAAAGAGUCUAUCAGUAGACUUGACGCAAUAGUAAAGCGAGAGCACGCAAAUGCAGAGAGAAGACGAAGACCAGCGCAGCCGCAAGGUCUGAGAGAAGAGCAUCGAUCUGAAGCAUUACAAGCUCAACUUAUUCAGACUUAUGACGGUCCCGGUGUCCUUCGUCUUCUUGGUCCUCGCCAUAGCAAUGAUCACCGCGACAUAGCUGACAUACAUAUUGUCCCUACCCAUGACGAGAUGAUCUCUGCGAGUCUUCCAUACAUUCCCGUUAACCGUCCGGAUGCUCCACAUCAUUUGGCUCCAAAUUCAAUGGAGCGACAUCUUGACAUUCAGUUCCGUCUCUUACGUGAAGAACUCGUUGCCCCCAUUCGCGCGUCUAUAUCUACUCUUCAGCUUGACUUCGAUGCUAUGCAAGCACCAGCUCCAAGACGUGAGGCGCAGCCAAUCCAAUUGGAAAAGUUAAUCAAGGCAAGGGGAGGCAUGUAUCGAACCUCUGGUUAUAACUCGACUAUGUUCCAUAUCUAUACAAAUGUCGAAUACUCUCCUCUUCAAGCAGAGCGACGUGGUUUCACGGUCGGUCUUGUUGUCGAUGCGCCUCCUUCAGACCGUGCUCGAAACUCUGACCCCAAAAUCAGAAAAGACUUCUGGGAGCAUGCUGGCUCGCGACGUCUCAGCGCUGGCAGCCUUGUUGUUUUAGUCGUCGCACAUUCGGGUCGUCUGAAGAUCUAUGUUGGCAGCGUUUCUUCAUCAACAGAUGACAUCAUCGAGUCGUCGAAGGUCCACGAGAGCCGCAUUGAAAUUCGCGUCAAAUUUUUUGAUCCCGAUGUAGAACUUGGCGCCCUUCGACAGGAAAAGAUCACUAUUGAUCAGCAUCGAUUCGCGUUCUUGGUGGAUAACAACAUCAUGUUCGAAUCUAUCAGACCCUUUUUGGAGAAGUUGCGUUCAGUGGAACCUACCUCCAUUCCAUUUUCUAAUUACAUCUGUCGGGACACUCUGAGAGGAGUCGCGGUUGUGCCUCCGAAGUAUAGCCAAAAUCCAUCUUUCCGAUAUAACCUGGAAUGUCUAUCGAAAGAUAGAGUCAGGGAGUAUGUCCAUCCAUUGAACGCAACCGACCCUUUAUCAAUCCGGAGAGCCCGACUACAGCUGAGGUCGUCAAGCAUUUUAGAUCCCAGUCAAUGUGAUGCUGUGGUCGACGCUUUGACACAGGAAGUUGCUCUAAUUCAAGGACCUCCAGGUACCGGAAAGAGCUUUACCGGCAAAGAGUUGCUUCGGGUCUUAUUUGCCAGCAAAGUCAAGCCUAUUGUGAUGAUCGCUUUCACAAAUCAUGCACUGGAUCACAUGUUACUAUCUCUGUUGGACGCAAAAAUCACGACAAAUCUUGUUAGGUUGGGAUCGCGGUCCUCGGACGAACGUAUCAAUGAAUUUACCUUAGACAAGUUAGAGAGGAUGAAGGAUGGAGCGUCUUCACCCUUGGAUCAGAUUGUGCGCAAGGAGCGGUUUGCCAUGGGCCGACUAGAAGAUGAGAUGAGGACAAUCCUACAGCAUAUCCAAACACCUUCGCACACCUGGGAGACAGUAACCAACUAUCUGCAAGAGACCUUCCCCGAUCAUCUUGCCUCAUUCGUAGACCCUCCUUUCUGGAUUGGUAAGCUAGCAGAAGAGCUUCGUCAGGAUAUCGAAGCAGAAGGGGAAUGGACAACCGUGAACGCAAAGAAGAAAAGGCGUGAUGUCGAUAUCCCGAAUACCAUAUAUUCCUUUUGGAAAACUCGGCAGGAUAUCUCGUUCCUACAGCCCCCACAGCCUCCUCAGACUCCCGCACGGUCAUCAAAAGGAAAGAAGGGGAAGCAGCAGCAGCAGAUGCAGGCGCAGGAACUUAUCCUUGCAGCGGAGCUCCAGCAGGACUAUUUGACACGCAUGAACAACUUCUUUGUGCCGUUGGGAUUUCUAGAGGGCAAGGUUCCGCCUAUUCCAAUGACUUCCAGACCAAUUGACGAGCUUCUGGUCACCGAUGCUAUCUGGAGCAUGUCUGUCGAAGAGCGACAAACUACUUACAGACAGGAUUACGAAGAGCGCCGGGAAGAGUAUGAAGCCGCUUGUAAGCGGUUCAACGAUGCCAAGGAUGAGUGGAAGAGGACAGGACAAGUUCUAGAGGCCCAUAUCUUAUCUUCUCUUGUGCCAUCUGGUGAUCCGCAGCAGCUUCGUCCUACCUUGGCAAAUUUCUCUCUCUCUAUGGAUAGUGCAAGAGGAAAAGAAUUGUACAAAUUUGACCGUUCUUUGAUGGAACGACUGGCGGAUGGUGGGUUCCCGAUGUCCCAGAUCAACGUUCAGCGGAGAAUGCGUCCAAGCAUUUCUCAUAACAUUCGAACAAUUCUGUAUCCUAACUUGGAGGAUCACGACCUCGUCAAGAAGUACCCUCCCAUUCAAGGGAUGGAACACGACCUUUUCUUCUUUACCCACACAAACCGGGAGAAAGCCGCAGAUGAAGGCUCGGCAUCCAAAGUCAAUAUGUUCGAAGAAAGAGAGCUUAUACAGGAGCAGGUUAAAAUGAUUGUUGAUCUCGUUGUGUACUUUUUGAAGCAGGAGGCUUAUAGUACCCCUGGAGAUAUUGCAGUCCUUUGCGCGUAUUUGGGCCAGUUACGAGAGCUGAGAUCCGCCCUCGCGUCCCUCAAAGUUGCCGUUUCUGUCGAUGAACGCGAUCAAGAUCAGCUAGCCAGAGAGGGAAUGGAUGAUGAAGGGUAUAUAGAACAAGUUACCGUGUCGAAGCAUGUUCGUCUAGGCACUGUUGACAUUUUCCAGGGCGAGGAAGCAAAAAUCGUUAUUGUUUCUCUUGUCAGAAACUCUGGAUCUUUCGAUAGCGAUGAGUCAAUUGGCUUCCUGAAGUCUGCCAAUCGAAUUAAUGUGGCUCUAUCGCGUGCUCAGCAUGGACUGUGGCUGCUGCUUGCCUUGCGAUUACCGUAUGGACUGCGGCCACAAUUGCCCUUCGAUGGUAUUUUCAAUUACCUAUUCUAUGUGCCGUGGAUACUCAAGGUUUCUCAUUUUAUUAGUGUCAUCUCGAUCUCGAUAAACAUCGCAGCAUGCGCAUCAAUCCUAUGUCAUCAAGCGGAAGACCUGGCUUCGGUUUUCUGUCACGAAAAGGUCUCAAAACAGUUGUCGCUUUGUGGACAUGAUGCAACAAUGCGCUGCUCUGACGAUCCUCAGAAGCACAAAUGCAUCAAAGUUUGCGGAGGAAUUAUGCCGUGCUGCGAAAAGACGUGCAAGUCAUUUUGUGGAGACUGCACAGGACUUAAUUUGCCAGGAGCUAAGGGGAUCCAUCGCCUCUUGACAAGCAAACUUCGCACCUUCAAGCACAAAUCCCAUCAAUGCGAGCGACUCUUAUUCUGUCAACACAAAUAUGUGCACGUCUACCAUGCGAUGAACCAUGCCCUAGCAUUCUUCAAUGCGGCCAUGUCUGCCCUUCAGAAGUGCAUCGAAUGUCUCUCAGACGACGACAAGAUGGACAUCGUAGAUUUUAUCAUGCAACGAAGACUUGUCGACAUCCCUAUCGGGUCAGACGAUAUCAGCGACAGGAUCAUCACUCUGGAUUGUGGGCAUAUUUUCACAGUGGAGACGUUAGACGGUCAUUGUCAAAUGACUGACUAUUACGAGAUCGACGUAAUGGGGUCCUACACGGGAAUGAAAGCACCUCCUACCGAAUUUCAACGGCCACCAAGCUGUCCAACUUGUCGGGCACCCAUUACAGCUCGGCGCUAUGGAAGGGUCCUCAAGCGAGCGAAUCUCGAUAUCUUGGAACAGAAUGUGGCCAGUACGAUGUCCCAACGCCUGGCCGAGAUUGUUCCAUCUAUUGAGACCCUCAGCAACGGUCUGGAAGAACUAGCAGCCCGGGCUAAAAAACUUGAAGCCGCGCCGAAUUUUGAAUGUCACCCUGCUGAUAAAUUUGAGGGCCUAGUCGAAGAGCGGAAAGCUUUCAUGACGGGGAAAGCAGACGAAGUCUUGGACCAUGGUAUGCUCACUGCUAGGUCUAUGGUCACUCGCCAUGGUUUGUCGGAGUCCGAGGCCAGAUCAUGGAUGGGUAUUGUUGUGGAUCUUCACAGAGUUUACAAAAAGGUAACUGAUGUCACAAAGACUCGGUCCGCCCACGUCCGUGCCUACGAGUCAGCUCUUUCUACCCUUUAUCGCUUGGAACUUGCAAAUCUCGCUGCCGACCCACCAUCGGACAUCCGGGUCCCUCCUGAACACAUUGCAAUGAGCAAUGUUGACCGGAAGAUUGGACAGCCUCCUCACAAGGCUGAUCGUCGCUAUCAUCUCGAAGCAUUCAUAUUAUCCGUCGAGUUGAGGCUCAUGUUGGGAAGCGUUGCUCGUUCUCGGUUCGAGGCACUUUCGAUGACUGCCAACGAACCUGCAGCUCUUCAUCAUCGUAAAGUCUGGUAUUCGUUCACCUUGUUCAUCUAUCAGUCAUGCAUUACCGACUGUCAAAAAGCUAUUACCAUCGCCCAUGCAACUUCUUCAUCACGUUUGGCUGCUCGCUCUGCCAGCUUGAUGCUCUGUUCAGACUUUGAACAGUUCCGUUUUUCGAUGCUGGAGAAACGUAGGGACACAUUCAAAGAUGGUGCAUUCGCGCAAACUCGAGAUGCCUUGGUAGCUGAGGUUCAAGCUGACAGGAAGAAGUUGAAGAGUCGCUUGAGAGAGCUCGAACGGUCGUAUUUCACAAGCCGUUCGUCGAAUGAUCCAUCCCAGCUCGGUGAAGAUCGUCGAUGGUUCCAUGGGAAUUGCGGCGCCAAAAUCGAGCGUUGCUUCGCAGAAUACGGGAAAUUGGAAGAUCACAUUAUAAACGACGGUGUUUAUCAGCCAGUGUCCCUGCAGGAGAAACAGGACAUUGUGAAAGCCUUAGGAUUCUCGCAUCGAGUGCGGCGGAGCGAUGGAGGCCAGCCAAUGGUGGUGGAAACCACACGCUUGACUCCUCUAAUACCCGUGCACGAGAAUACGAAGAUAUCUCAAGAGAGCAAGGUGGAGCAAGAAGCCCGUGGGCAUGGGCAGCAGGCGCUUAAAUAA